AGCAGGCGGCGGUAUUUCCUCUCCGAGGAUGGGACGGCGGUUCGUCUUUUGUGCGACUGCGUGAAAAGUAAUUCGACCCUCAAACCCGGAUGUAACCAACGCCUAACCUGUGUGAGGAAAAACGAUGCAGACUAUAAAAUGUGUGGUGGUCGGGGAUGGUGCAGUAGGAAAGACCUGCUUGCUGAUCUCCUACACAACCAACAAGUUCCCCUCAGAAUAUGUACCAACGGUUUUUGACAAUUAUGCAGUAACAGUGAUGAUUGGAGGAGAGCCCUACACACUGGGACUAUUUGACACAGCCGGUCAGGAGGAUUACGACAGGCUGCGUCCUCUCAGUUAUCCACAGACAGAUGUGUUCCUCGUAUGUUUCUCUGUCGUGUCUCCCUCAUCAUUUGAAAAUGUCAAAGAGAAGUGGGUUCCUGAGAUAACUCACCACUGCCCACGCGUACCUUACCUCUUGGUGGGCACUCAGGUGGAUCUGAGGGAAGACUCCAACACAAUUGACAAGCUGGCAAAGAACAAACAGCGUCCCCUAAUGCAUGAGAGCGGAGAGAAGCUGGCCCGUGAGCUCAGGGCUGUCAAAUACGUGGAGUGCUCUGCUUUGACACAGCGAGGGCUGAAGAACGUGUUUGAUGAGGCCAUCCUGGCUGCCUUGGAACCUCCCGAGACUAAAACCAAGAGAAAGUGUGUGCUGCUAUAGAUGAACAACAACAGAGUGAGAUGUAACAGUGUGAGAAAUGAGGCUGGGUGAAUCAAAACAUCAGAAAGAUCAAUGGCCAUGGUGGAAAAAAAGGACAAAACAGAAGGGGAAGGGAGGAACAGUGGCUUUGAGACUUAUUCUUGUACAUUUGUACACUGAUUGUGCCUUGAAAAUAAACUUUUAAAGAGGCUGAGGGAGGAAAACUGUAGCGUGCAGUAAUUGCACAAAGGGUCACCUAUCCUCCUUUAACUGAAAACAUUUAAACAUUGCAGUGUUCUCUUUAGAAUUACUCCAGUGGGGCGGGCCCCCCUCUGCCUGUCACUGUCGCUUGAUUUAAAAAUGAAAGAUAGUUUUAUCCAGCUGCCUUUGGCCUUUUUGUCUAUUCUUGCCUAUUGGGCCUGUGUAAGGAAAUAAAAACAAGUAACACUUAAAUAUAAAGUUCUUUAGUGUGGGAAAUUUGGCGAGUGAGUUUAAAGGAGAAACUUAAUAUUCAGUGUUAUUCUUUUUACUUUCCUCAUGGGUUGAAUAAUGAGAGCACAUGAGAUUCAUCAUCACUCCAAACUAAUGGUAGAUGUCUUUAAUGGCUACUUCCUUUGAUUCCCAGAGACUUCUGAGGAGGCCAAGUGCUUUUUGCCAAAUUCCCCUCUUCAGUUGACUCAUAAAUAUGUAUUUUCUUCUGCUUUUGUGUAUAUUAUAAUAAUUCUGUGACUGUUCGGGGAUAUUUUAAGCAGUUCUUCAUUUUGAAACUUGAGUUUUUAUUUUAUCAAGAUAGUUUUUUUUAUUGCUAGACUACCAACUUUGGAUAAUAUAACAAAUUGAGUUGUAAUAUUUUGAAUAUCUUUGAAUCUGAAUAGAGAUUGAGGUGACAUCCUUUGCUAGUUAAUUUCUGGGUGUUUGUAAUCACAGGAUAUUUUUAAUAAAAUGGUUUAAUGACA